AUGUCAGAAUUCAUAACCGACAUGGAAGCUCUAGAAGACGAACAUUUUCAACGUCUGAGGCACCUUUUUGCUUCAACCAAAAAUAAAUUCCAAAGAUGUACAACUAACGCAGAGCGUGUUAAUUUCUUGCUGGCUAAUAAAAAAGUUGCAAAGCUAAGUAAAGCUGGCCUUAAUCAAAAAAAGUCGGGCAUCAAAUCGAACUCAGCCUUUUACGAAUUAACCGAAAGUGGAGAUAAGCACUUUACAGAUGGAUACUAUGAACGAGCUCUAGCUACGUAUGGUACGGCUUUGUCUUUUGCUGCUGACGAUAUUACUUUGGCUAUCGCAUUCUACAACAGAUCUCGGACAUUUUUGGCAUUGAAUAUGUACGAUGAAUGUUUAACAGAUAUUGACAUAUGUAUGGCACGAGGUUAUAGCCAACACUUGAAGAUAGAUCUCAUUAAUAGGAGAAAAUAUGUGCAAAUAUUGAAAGAACAUGAUGCCCCUCCGAGAACUGACCCGAACACAACCAGAAUCCAAGAAAUUCGAGAAGAGGAGAAAAAUCCUUUAAUUCAGUCUGCCAGGAACUGCAUUAGGAUACAAACAGAUGACCAAUACGGCCAAUAUAUAGUUGCCAGCAGGAAUAUUGAAAUCGGCGAAAUCCUAGUUGUUGAAAAACCAUAUACAUGGGUGGUAUUUGAUCAUCUGAGUAUGUAUUGUCAUGAGUGUUUGAAAAUGUGUCGCAACGUAAUACCUUGCAAUAAAUGCAUUCUGGCCGUAUACUGUAGUAAUACCUGCAAGAAAAAUGCUUUCAGAAGUUAUCAUCGCUACGAAUGUCCAAUUCAACAAAACAUACUCAGCUUCUUUUAUGAUGUCAAAGAACUCGUGUUCUUUGCCUUAAAAAUGACACUCUUGGUCAGAAAUGAUAACGACGCUAAUCCCGAUGAAAGCAUUUAUCGUUCGGACAGGUACCACGAAAUUUCAAAAUUGGACAGUCGUAUCGAUAACUACCCAAAAGAGAAACUAUUCACUCUGUCUUUUAUAACAGCAAUGGUGUUUCAAUUUGCUAAACAGAAGACCGACUUGUUUUCGGUACGGACUUACGAAGACAAAUUUAAGGAACAAUUUUUGUUUAACUUGCAAAUUGGUACCAUGCAUUAUCGUGAAAUCGAACUAUAUCGUGGAAAAGAGGAAGAUGAUAACCCAGUCUACAGUAACGUGAUAUAUCCUCUGUCUAGCUUGUUUAAACAUUCUUGCAAUGCAAACGCGUUGUGUUACACUUUAGGAUCUACAUUAGUGGUCAAAUCUGUUUCUACGAUCAAGGAAGGAGAACAAUGUUUUAUUUCUUACGGUCCCUCUUGCGUGUAUCUUAACAAACCCAAGCGCCAAGAAAUACUUCGAUACAAGUUCCAUUUUACCUGCAAAUGUAAGCCCUGCGAAGAAGAUUGGCCACAAGAGAAUAAUCCUGAAGACUACAAAAAGUUUAGAGUGGUAGCACAAAACCUUUUAGCGAAAAAUAGACAAGUAAUAAUCGAUCAUAUGCAGAGGAUAAUUGCCGAUCUGAAUGAAGCACUAGAGACACAGAGUGAAUCUUCUAAAGAAGUAUUACACCUGACUGAACGGCUUAGAAUUUGUUAUGAGCUUUUAGGUUCGUUGUUAGUUUAG